UAAUCAUACCAACUGGCCACGAUUCAAUGUCAAGAGCGGCCACGAUAGGGCCACCAGUUCACGAGAGGUCGUUACGGCGUCUUAAAUAUGCUGCUUUUCAGAUGCCCAGCCCAGCCAGCUGAGCCAAUCGUUUGUUCGCGAAAAAAAACGCCGCCACUAUAAAAGGAAGGUACAACUUUUCUCCCGCUGUACAGUAAACUAAUUUCAACUAUCGACUAGUACGGAGAAACUACAGCUCACGAACUGGUAAUCAUGAGAAUCUGCUGCGUCGCACUCAUCGGGCUGUUGUUGUGCUCUAUGCAGGGCGUCAUAGCCAACGAUCCACAAGAUGCACUGGGUGCUUGCAGUGGUAAUUUGUUUGGUCUGCUUAUGACACGACUUCAGCAGAUGGUCGAGGACUUUACAGCGUGCCAGGAAGCGACUGCCAACGAUCCUCAACACGAUUGCAGCGAUAGUAUACAGCGUGCAAAGGUUGAUCUGCAGCAGCAGUUGGUUAAUUACAGUUACUGUACUAAAAAUAUACAAUAAUUGAAGGUGUUGCUGUUAGUCUAUUAAAACAUGAUGUGUAAUAAACGAUUAUGUCCAGAAUAUUUUACUUUAAAUUUCAUUAUU